AUGGACCUUCCCCUCUCCGAAUUGACGGCAGCCCUCCCUGGUUGCGCUACAUCCUGCCCGUCGCAGGCGGUGAAUUUCGCUACAUGUGCGAUGACCAACCUGACUUCGGGAUGCCUGUGCAAGGAUAGCAGCUACAUCGAAACAUACCGAUUAUGUGUGCGGGCUUCGUGCGAUAUGGCGCAUGUUUUUAUGGCAAAGAAUGCUACUUGGAUUUGGUGUGACUAUCACUACCAGAACGAAACGGGCUCCAUGUUCGAAAGAGUUGCCCUGGUUAUUAUAACUGCAUUCUUCUUCUUCCUCAGGCAGUUAUCGAAACUACUUAAGCUGACUGUUUGGGGUGCCGAUGAUUUCACGCUCAUACUCGGAUACUUCUGCUCGCUGGCAUUUGCCGUAUCUCGAUUUUAUGGAUACGAGUUGGGAAUUGGAAGAGACAUCUGGUCAUUAUCCCACAACGAGGUCAACAGAUUCAUGCAAGUGUUCUUUGCCUUCGAAAUACUCUACGACGUAGGCGUCGGUGCUCUAAAAGCGUCUAUUCUGUUCUUCUACAUCCGCAUCUUCAGUUUCGUCAAGUCCAACUUUUCAACAACCUUAUGGUGUACUCAAGCAUUCAAUCUUCUCAACUGCAUUGCAUUCAUCAUAGCAAACCUGAACCAAUGCAAACCUUUUUGGUACUCCUGGGAGGGAUGGGAUGGCAGACACGCUGGGACUUGCGUCAAUGUCCCUGCCAUGCUGAUAUCACACGCAGCCAUUAACAUCGCUAUUAACACAUGGAUGGUACUAUUACCAGUAACUCAAGUGUUAUGGUUGCAGUUGAAAAAAAGACAGAAGCUGGAAAUCAUGUCUAUGUUCGGACUUGGAAUUUUUAUCACGAUAGUCAGCUGUAUCCGCUUGAAAGUUCUAGUGAAGUUCCGCAACUUUUCAGAUCCUACAUAUGAUGCGUUCUAUUUACAUAUGUGGUCCUAUAUUGAGCUGUCGGUCGCAGUUAUCGUUGCCUGCCUACCAUCAACUCGUCAACUAUGGCGCCAUUUGGUACCAAGGCUUAAAAGAGAAGCCACUCAAGUGUCUGCGGCACGGACUUCUCAGCUUGUAGAUCCAAUCAAGAGUUCAAGGGACAAGUCGGAUUUCAGCAGGGACCAGUCAAGUCCUACAAGCGCUGACGGAUUCUUGUCUACGCCAUCAAUGCGUCCCAAGAGUACAGGUUCUCAGUCGGAAUCGAAGCAAACAGAUGCUUCUUGA